CAAAGCCAGUGCUAACGUACUACAAUACAAUAGAGCAAACAUGAGGAGCUUAAACCAUGGUGGGUGCAUUUGCCUGCUCCUCUGCAUUCUUUUUUCAUUGUGUGCAAGCAUUGAAACCAUUGACGGUAUUGCGAAAAUCCCAGCUGUGUUCACAUUCGGGGACUCUCUCGUGGAUCCUGGCAACAAUAACUUCAUUCCCACCUGGCUUAAGGCCAACCAUCCACCAUAUGGUCAUGAUUUUAUGGGGAGCGAAGAAAAUGGCCGCUUUUCUAAUGGACAACUUGCAACAGAUUUUAUUGCUUCUGGACUUGGGGUGAAGGAAACAAUUCCGCCAUUUUUAGACCCUAAUCUGAACACCCAAGACCUUCUCACAGGUGUAAGUUUUGCUUCCGCUGGGACUGGAUUCGAUAACUUCACCUCUGCGGUUGGUAGUGCGAUACCAAUGUGGAAAGAAGUUGAACUAUUCAAGACAUAUAAGGGGCGUCUGGAAAAUAUGGUGGGAGUAGAAAAUGCAUCCAACAUAAUUGAGCAAGCCAUAUUCCUGGCAGUCGCAGGUUCCAACGAUUUCAUGGAAAACUAUUUGUUUCUUCCGGAAAGAAGAGCUCAAUUCACCGUCCAACAGUACCAGGAAUUUAUACUCGAGAUCUGCACCAAUUUCAUCGAGGAGAUCUACAAGCUCGGGGUACGCAAACUGGGCAUUGCUGGACUUCCUCCACUGGGGUGCAUACCAGGGGUGAAAACAUUAUACGGACAAUCAGAACUGAAUGGAUGUAUUGAGGAAUUCAACGAUAUUUCAACUUCUUACAACCAGAAAUUUAAGGAUAUACUCAAAGGAUUGGAAGGUCGUCUUCCAGGCAUUAGACUGGAGUACAUAGACAUCCAUGAGUAUCUUUCAGACAUGAUAGAAAAUCCUUCAUUAUAUGGACUGGAGACAACACAGAGAGGUUGCUGUGGAACAGGAUUAAUCGAAAUUGGGCCCUUUUGCAAUGCUAAAACUCCAAUUACUUGUACAAAUACAUCAACCAGUGUUUUCUGGGAUGCUGUUCAUCCUACUCAAGCGGCAUAUCAGAUAGUUGCUAGAGUGGUCCUGCGCCAACACAUACCAAAGCUGCUCUAAUAAUUAAGCCGCCAUUAAAGUAGUUGCAGUUGCUUAUGAAGCGUAGGCCCUACUACUGGGAGACGUGUUGGCCAUUCGACCCGUAAGUUAUUGACAGCGAGAACAGUUUUCACAUGGUCUGAAUAAAUAUGUUCUGUUUGCCAUUAUCAUCUUGCGGGGCCUUCAUUAACAACAAUUCCCUCUACUUCUUCAGGCCAAUCUACUACAUUUAAUUUGGUGAACAAGUUCUUGGUGGUGAAUCUAUAUCCAUUUACACUGCCUGCUUCUAAAAUCUGCACAUCUUCAGCCAGCAUUGAUAUAUCUUUUUGUGAGAAAGGACAAAUAUUUUUGGAUUCUAUUUAAUGCCUUCCAAAAAUUUUAUUUUCAGACACCUCUUUCUUAUUAACUAUCUAUCCUAAUCAUUGAUAAAAGUGACAAAUGCACUUUGAGAGUGACCAUUGGCACAUAAUUUUACCUUA